CCCCCGCCGCCAGUCUCAGAAGAUGUUCGGCAGAGGCAGGCCGAGCAUGAAGCUGCGGCGGAGGCAGAGUUGGAAGAGGCCAAGCGCAAGGCUGCCGAGCGCCGCGCCGCGCUGAAGGCCAUUGAGGCUGCCCAGGAGGGAUCCGAGGAGUCGGAGUCUGCAGAUGACAAUGAGGAAAAUGUGACCGGAGAGGAUCUCACCAAGUGGAAGGAGGAGGAAGAGCUUCGCGAGAAGAAGCAGGCCGAGAGGGAAGAGAAGGACAAGCUUUCUUGGCCAGCGGCUUCGGAGCUUCCACCAGUGCCCCGCGUGCUGCAGCCCUGCCUGGAUGUCCUGAAGGAUGGGAAGUGGGUUGAGCGGCACGUGCUGGGAACAGACAAGCAGCGCUGGACACUGGGCCGGGCAGUUGGGGAAGUGGACUUUUCCAUGAACCAUGCAACGAUCUCCCGGGGAGGUUCGGGCAUUUACCUCAUGGACCUCUCCGUCCACGGCGUGCAGGUCAACGCACAGCGGAUCGAAAAGAACGUCCGAGUGCACCUGAAAGAUGGUGCCAUGAUAAAGUUCGGGGCUUUCCAUAAACCACGAAUCAUGAUGGUGCGCGGCCGACCCUUUCUCUGGUGCUGCCUCUGGGCAGCGGCGUUCGCACUAGAGAAUGGGGAGAACAGCGUGGAUACAAGUUAUGCUGUGGCCGUGGAUGCCACGGGUGAGAUCAUUUCCGGCGUCUCUUCCCAAGCAGAGCCCAUGAGCCUGAAUGCGAUCCUGCCCCAUUGGCCCGAGGCUGCAGUCACGCAACAAAGUUCUCGGAGCCCGCGUGGUCCAAGCAAGACAGAGGCUCAGGCGGAUGUGAACGAAGCGGACAGUGAGGACGAGGAGGAAGACGAAGAGGAGGAAGAGUCAGAGGUACCUGAGGAGACAGCGCAGCCGCAGGAGAAGGAUGCCUUUGCUUUCACAUACCGGCAGCGUGUAGCAGGCUCCACGCCUACAGGAGAGCUAGGCAUUGGCACUCCAAGUGUCAACUUGAACAUGAUCCUGGACACGGGCAGUGACAAGUUCGUUGCGAAAACGUGGUCAACGAUCAAGGCUGAGCUAGACAAGAUCGACGCAGGGGCUUCUGAAGAGAUCUUCCCAAGUGCCAGGCUCUAUAACCACAACUCCUCCAAGUCCUACAUGCAGCUCUUCAUGUCCUCUCAUGGGAAGAAGGUCCCGCGACAAGGCUUCAUUGCCUAUGGAAGCGGUAUGGCAAUCACGGUUGAAGGUAGGGAAACGAUCCGGAUUGGUGGGGCCGAAGAGUAUGUGAGCAUGCAAAAGUUUCCGAUCUCGGAGAUCAGCUUAGACUCACUGCAGAUCCUUCACUCCUCCAAAGGCAUCUCGGGAAUCCUAGGCUUGCAGCACAUGAUGAACCGGUCUCUCGGCCAGUCCUUCUAUUCAAAACUGCGUGAUAAGCGCGUCCUGCACUCCUUCGGCUACUGCCGUGGCAAGAAGAAUGAUGGUACCUUCAUAUGGGGGGACAAGUUUAGCGAUGGGAAGGCUGUGGCAGUAGAAGGGCAGAUGCACUGGGCUGUGAAGCUCAGCAACAUGCGUGUGCGGCAUCGGAAGCACAGCCACAAGGCAUCAUCCCUUCUCAGCGACGAUGUUGAUGCAGAUAGUCCGACGGGCAAGCCAUCUACUCAUGCACACCACAAGAAGUUCCACCUCUGCCGAGACAGCUCGCCCUGCGUGGCGGUGAUUGACACCGGGUCAAACAUCUUGGCCAUGCCUUCAGAGGCAGUGAGGCUGCUGACAAAGACCCUUGAUGUGUCCUCGGACUGCUCCAACAUGGAUCAACUUCCCAACCUGCACUUUGUGCUGGGUGAGGAUGUUGAGAUCUCCUUGCCACCUGCCGCCUACAUCAUGAAGGUCAAGCUCCCUUGGCUGCCCAAGGGCGCAGAUGACAAGAAGUCCUCGGGUUCGGGGGACUCCCAGGAAUCUAGCGACGCGGAGGGCUCCUCAGGCACUGAAGCCACCCGGGAUCAACCGAAGGCAAAAGUCCAUUCUGCAGAAAGCAAAGCGGCAGAGGCGCCUGCCAAGGCUUCCAAGGCCAAGCCCCAUCGACACCAACACCUUCCCCUGGAGCUCACGCAGCAGGAGGUGGUGGACACCUUUCAAGCAGAGGUGGAGUCCUUCGUUGAGGAGACGCGACGGCAGCAGGGCCUGGACCUUCGCGCCGUCCUGGCGGGCUCAGAUCUGGCGCAGCUGCUGAAGAACACCUCCACUCUGUGCAUGCCUGCGAUUGUGCCGCUGGACCGUGAGACGCAGAAGGGUACCCUGCUCGUCGUGGGCGGUCCUCUCUUCGAGAGGUACUAUACCCGCUGGUCUUGGCCAGAGGGACAAAAGCCCAAGGUUUUCGUUCAGGAUUUGCACAAGGCUGAGGCCUGUUCAGCCAAGGAGGAUGCUGCAGCGGAGGAGUCCGAGGAAGAGGGCAGCAAAGACGCUGCGGGGAAGAUGACCGUCUGGAGGUCGCACGAGAAGGACGGCCGCAUGAUCCGCGCUGAGAAAAGCCAGCGGCAUCUCAAGUCGACAGUGUCCGCCGAUCUCAGCGAGAUGCCUUCAGAGUUGAGGCAAGAGAGAUUGGCAGGAGGAUAA